AUCGCGCGACGAUGACGAUGGUGGUGGCGGUGGCGGCGGCGUCUGGGUCAAACCAUCACGCUGCGCGCCAUUCGAGUGAAGCCCUUCAACGUGGCAGCAACUAAAAAAAGAAACAAACGCGAAGCACAAACUCACAAGUCAACGACGCGACAAACAGACAUAAAUAAAACAAGUGACAAGUUUAUUUAGUUGUUUCUUUGGUUUUUGGUGUGUUUGUAAAUGUUGUACAAAUAGCGCGACUGCGAGUGGUGUGCAAAGUUGAAAAAAAUUAACAAAAGUUGAUACAUAAAUGUCUACAAUUUAUUAUGAUGCUCAUCUAAAUCUGCCAGCCCAUCAACACACGCAGAGUCUCAUCGAGCGGAAAAAGCAGCAGUGGGCGCGCGAACGGGAAGAGUUGGCAGGACUCAGCGAAAAUGUACCGUGGGGAACUCGCGAUUCCCUUCAGCUCUAUGAUAGACCCAAUAUAAAAACCCGUUAUGUUACCAAAUACCAAAAAGAGACCGAAUAUAUUCGACGUGAUUCGUCCUACUCCACGUCCUCGAGCACCACCGUACCCGGCACACCACGACGCCGCCAGCACAGCGCCGCCUCCAUCAACGGCGGGGGCCCGCAGCAACUGCCGCCGCUGUAUAAAAACCAGCACUUUACUUACACGCCAGACGAGAAAUCUGAUAAGGAGAUGGGCGGCGAGACGUCAGGCUAUGGCAGCGACAACGCGCACCACACUCCGGAGCAUUUGCCGCGCGCUGGCGGCGAAAUUCUUCGCCAGCACCAGCACUUUCCCAACAAUCGACAGGUGCUCAUCGCCACUAAUCACGCCAACAACGGAUACGAAUCCUCAUCAAGCGGUAGAGAAGAUAGACUCAAAUGGGGUGACCGCGGGGUGCAUCUGGGACGCUAUUGGGAACCGCCAGCGAAAGAAGCAAUGGCGGACACACCAGGCGCACCAGGAUGGGUCAAGAGAGGUCUAGAACGCGAUACGGAGCUUGUUGUUGUCAAUAAUUCAUCACCAGCUGAGUCACCUGAGCAGGAUUAUGGGGAUAGACCAGGGACUAGUUCGAGUUCCAAUACAAAUCGAUGUUACAUUCGUGGUCAAAAUGUCCCCAUAGACACUGCGGAGCUAGCUGAACGUGAAAGACGCCGACAGGUGGCGUUGGCACACCAGGAAGCUAUUCGUGAACAACUUGAAGAACGCGAAAAACGUCGUCAAGAAGAACGCGCGCGUCUUCAACAGGAGGAAUACGAAGAAGAAAGGCGUAUCGCACGUGAACAGGAAAUCGAACAUCAACGUCAGCAAGAAUACGAACGUCAGAGGCAAGAGAAAGAGGAACGCGAACGUAAACGCAAGGAAGCCCUUCGUGAAGCUAUAGAAAUAGCUGAAAAAGAAGCUAAAGAAGAGAAAGCUAAACAACGCCUCAUGCGUCAGAAUCAAUUAAAUUACGUUGAUAAUGUAGAAAAACUUGACAAGGAUUCCAAAACAAGAAAAAAUCAAAAUAACGAACGCCAGCAGCAACUUCAAGAAAAAACUGAGACUUUAAACGCUUUAAACAUUGAAAAACAAAAUGGCGGAGACAAAACACAACCUAAUGUUGAACUAGUAAAAACAAACGAUGAAGAUAAACAGAUUGUUAUUCUCGAUAGAGAGAAAAACGCGUCAAGUGACAGUGAUACUUCUACAGCGCCAUCUAUUACCAUUCCUAACCACACUUUUCCUAAUAAUAUAACCUCUGAGAAUCUUGCUGUGUUAUUACAAAAUCCGCUAGCGGAAUCAUUACAAAUGCAAAACGUACAGUUUGUUUUGAUACCAACUUUAAACUCGGUUGUACCUUUCUCAUCUUUAUCUUUAUCAUCAAGUUCAGCGCAAACACAAGCGAUGAAUUCAUCUACAACACGAACUGAAAACCGUUUAUUAACACCUACACAAUACAGAAACAAGAAAAUGACUUGUGACAGUGCUACACAAACAGAUUUUCCUGAUUAUCGUAAAGAAUUAUGUGAAAAACUCGCUAAUAUUGAAAUAUGUUAUGAAACAUCUCGAAGUAGAAAAGAACGAAGGUCCAGAUCAGAAAUGCGGCAUGGAGAGUUAAUGGAGGCUCAAGAAAGACCAAAAUGGGGUGUAAAUAGGCCACCAACAAGAUAUCUGAAACAAAGUGAAAAGGAUCCGCUUUAUCAACGCAGAAAAAUGCGACAGAAGUUACGCCAAACGAAAACUUACGAUGAUAAACGAUAUUCAAGUGAUGAUAGUCAAACCGGAAGUCCUAGAACAUACCGGAAAAAGCGAGGAUUUUGGAAGAAGGACGACGCCCUCUAUGCGGAGAAUAUAAAAGUUUAUCAGACUGAAAUUAUCCCAUUGGACAGCGACAAGGAUCAUAUAUAUUUCCGUGCGAAAACUCAACAUGCGCAGCAUCAGUGUUGUAGUUGCCGGUGUUAUGCAACCAAAGAUGCACAUACAUCACAGAGAAAUAACUCGGAUCGUGUGGACAUUAUGAAAAUCGAAACGCCAAGGGAAUACAGAGAGAAACUGCCUGUGUGUAACAAUAACAACACCGAAGAUGGUGUUCUUGAUAAACUAACCUCAAUUCACAAUGAUUUAAUGUUGAAGGACAACUGGGAGGAGCGGAGUGUGUUGUACUCACCCAGUCGCAAUCCUUAAUUGAUAUUUUAAGCUAAUUUUUACUCAGAAAUAAACUAUGGGCGCUACA